AUGUACCCGAAGAAGAUACCUGCUCGGAUGACGUUGGCCGACGCAUGCGCGGUCGCCGAACCAAUUCACUGCAGUAUGGCUGAAGUGGAGCCUGGAUGGAGCUACAAAACGAAAUCCCUGGAAGAUAUCUAUAGAGGUGACAAGGGAGUCCUCGAUUACCAUGGAAAAUUCUUGACGGACACAAGCAAACACACCGGGAACCAACUCAUACGCCAGGUAUGUCGUCUAUCAGUCGUGCCUACACUCGUCGAAGAUCUGGGGGCAAUGUUUCUUGAGCACGAAGAUUGCCUUCACUACGAAUUUAGACGGCGUCAUGGUCCUCCCGCAAGAUCUCGAAGGCUGCAAGAUGAUUCUCUCCUCCCUCCUCCCGUGGACAGACGUCCGCGUUCUUUCGUGUUUGGUUGCAUUGUCGUUCAUGACUGUUGA